AUGGCGCUCUCAAGUUUGGAAAAGAAAAGACAAGAGAACAUACGGAGAAAUAAGGAGCUUUUGUCUAAGCUAGACCUUGAUGCUCUUUCCAGUGGUAUUUCUCGCGAUAUUGAAAAAUCAAGCUCGCCACAACCGGUAAAGAAGAAAAAGGUUGUGAAGCCGAAAAAUGAAACUAAAAGAAGAGAGGUUGAACCUUCGAGAAGAUCACGACGUCUUGCUGGAAUACAAUCAGAACUCGAGAACCCAGAAGAAGCAGCAAGAAUUAGAGAAGAAGAGGAGGAAAAAGAACGUCGGAAAAGAGAGUAUGAAGCUUUGAAACGAACCAAACUUUUUGGAGACUUUCAUUUGAUUGAUUUGAUCACAGAUCGAAAAAGUGGAGAUAUGUUGUUUGAAGAUAAAGUUAGAAACAAUGUUGAACAAGGCACUACUGAUAUAAAGGUGAAAGAGGAUGUGCUUUCGCAAGAAAAUGAAACGUUGCAAUUGAUUCAAUCUCUUGGAGGUAAAUUUUCAGCAGGUGAUUUUUACGAGGAGAUCAAAAGAAAGGAACCAAACAGUGACACUUCGGUAGAUGCGAAAAGGAAGGAGUUUGAGUCGAAGCGUAUUUUUCAGAAGUUUGACCCAUUGGAUGUAAAGUUGGCGCAUUAUAGAAUUACUGCAAUGAUGUUUCAUCCAUCAACUACUGAUCGUGUUAUAGCAGCUGGAGAUACCAAUGGUAACUUGGGUAUAUGGGCCCCAGAUGCAUCAUCCGAUAAGCCAAUGACUACUAUCUUACGCCCUCAUGGUAAAAACAUUUCCAAGAUACUCACUCCAUCUAAUGAGUUGCAAAAGUUGUACUCAGCAUCGUAUGAUGGCAGUGUGAGAUCACUUGACUUAAACAAAUUGACAACUACUGAGACUAUCUAUUUGAGUAAUGACGGGUAUUCUUUAGGCGUUAGUGAUAUCAACUUGGUUCGUGAGGAUCCUAACUUGAUGUAUAUGACUACACUAGAUGGCGUAUUUUGCAAACAUGAUAUCAGAACUAAACCAAAAGCAAGCAUGAAUUAUCUUAGAUUGCAUGAUAAGAAAAUUGGUGGUUUUGCUAUAAACCCAAACAAUUCCUACCAAAUAGCCACCGCCUCAUUAGACAGGACACUCAGAAUAUGGGAUUUGAGAAAAAUUGGACCACUGGAGUAUUCCGAGUUUGAAGAGCAGAAGAGUCCACAUAUGUACGGAAAUUAUAGUUCUCGUUUAUCGGUUUCCUGCGUCGAUUGGAACAUAGACAACCAUUUGGUUUGUAAUGGUUACGAAGAUCAAAUUUGUAUAUUCAACUACAAUGACAAUCCAAAAAUAACCGACUGGGGGUCCGACUACAUGCCCGAUUUCAAACCUAAUAAAAACAAUAACCCUGACGAAAUAACAUUACCAAAUAAUCUUCACCCAAUGAAUAAGAUCAGACACAAUUGUCAAACAGGACGAUGGGUAUCCAUAUUGAAAUCAAGAUGGCAAGAGAACCCUCAGGACGGUAUGCAAAAGUUUAUCAUUGCCAAUAUGAAUCGUGGCAUGGAUGUUUACGACCAAAAGGGUAACAUAUUGGCACACUUGAACGAUCAAAUUGGUGCUGUACCAGCAGUCUGUACUUUGCACCCUACACAAAAUUGGGCCGUAGGUGGGAGUGCCAGUGGUAAAAUUUAUCUUAUACAGUAG